CCCAUUGACCCCGUGGACCGUCUUUCUCUCCCUCUCUACCUCUCUCUGUGCACCUCGACCACAAACGUCCCUUCCUUCACCUCAUUUUCUUCACCUCUCCCUCCCUCCCACAAUCGGCAUCUCAAAGCAUCGUCGCUUUCUCAAUUGAUGCCCUUCGUCGUCUAAUUACUACAUCGACGAUUGUACCAAAAAAUUUCCUACCUUCCUCCAGUCUCUUCUUUUUCUCGUACGAACCCUUUCCCUUAUUUCCCCAAGGUUCCCCUUCUCGUUGGGUCCGAUCCGCUUCGCAUCCUCCCUUCUGACCAAUCGCCGCAACAGAAGAGUCUGCGUCACCGGCUUUCGCGUCGUUGGCCAAUUCUACCCACUACCAACCUCAACACUGCCAACGAACAACAACUCGUUUGUUCAUUAGAUCAUUAUGGCUUCCACCGCUAUGGAUUACGAGGCCGCCAACGGCGACCGCUACGAUGACGAGGCUCCUCGUUACGAGCGCGACAACCGCAGCGCCUCCCCUCGCCCUGCGCGUGAUGACGGAGACUCUGGACGUCGUCGCUCUGCUUCUCCUUCCGGCAACGGUGACCGCGACCGCGACCGUGGCGCCAAGGACGAGACUGGCUCCCGAGGUGGCGACCGUGACGAUGACGGCGCUAUCAACCCUGGCUCCAACCUCUUCGUCACUGGCAUUCACCCCCGUUUGACCGAGCAAGAGGUCACUCGCAUGUUCGAGAAGUACGGUGAUGUCGAGAAGUGCCAGAUCAUGCGCGACCCCCACACCAAGGAGUCUCGUGGAUUCGGCUUCGUCAAGAUGGUUACUUCUGACCAGGCCGACGCUGCCAAGGAGGGCCUGCAGGGAGAGCAGAUUGAAGGACGCACCCUGAGCAUCGAGAAGGCUCGUCGUGCUCGCCCUCGCACUCCCACUCCUGGCAAAUACUUCGGCCCCCCUAAGCGUGGUAAGCAUUCACCCUCCUCACGGGCUUUCCCCCGGAUAAAUCACUAACGCGAU